AUGCUAAGAAAAAACAAGAUAUUAAUUUUUAAGUACUUUCUUAAUCUCAUUAAUGGAGCUUUCAUGAUUCUUGGACUUUUAUUUAUUGGAUUUGGUGCAUGGCUUUUAUUAGAUAGAAAUAUUUUAACACUGCUGGAUGGAAAUCAUCACUUCAUAGUAUAUGUUUCUCAAAUUUUGACUGGAAUGGGCUCCACAAUCAUUCUUCUUUGUCUGUUGGGUUAUUUGGGAAUUCGCAACAAAAUCAGAUGGCUCCUAAUUCUGUAUGCAGUGCUGCUUACAUGGGCAUUUGGUGUUCAAGUUGUACUUUCAGUACUCAUCUUCACAAAGAAAGAGGAGGUUCACCAGCUAUGGCAAAAUAAAAUUGAUUUAGUCAUAUCUGAGUAUGGAUCUAAAGAUAAGCCUGAAGACAAACCCAAGUGGAUGAUUCUAAAUGCUUUACAGAAAACAUUACAGUGUUGUGGCCAACAUAAUUACACAGAUUGGAUAAAGAAUAAGAAUAAAGAAAAUUCAAAGCAAGUGCCAUGUUCUUGCACAAAUUCUACAUUUAAAAAGUGGUUCUGUGAAGAGCCACUGAAUUCAAUUUACCUAGAGGGAUGUGAAAAUAAAAUCAGUGCAUGGUAUCAUGUUAAUGCUUUAGCCUUAAUUGGAAUUAACCUUGGACUUCUGGCUUCAGAGGUUUUGCAAAUCUUAUUUACUAUUUCUUUCUUAAGACUCAUCAAGAAUAGAAUAUAUGCAGAAGCAUGA